AUGGUCUGGCACUUGAAAUUCGUAGAUGAAUCAUUGAAACAAGACAGAGAAAUAGUACUGGAAGCAGUUAAACAAAUUGGGAGUGCCAUUGAACUUACCGAUGAAUCAUUUAAACGAGACAGAGAGUUUAUAUUACAAGUUGUUAAACAUAAUGAGAGCGUACUUGUUUUUGCAGAUAGAUCAUUGAAACGAGAUAGAGAAAUUGUGUUGCAAGCUAUUAAACAGAAUAGAGUGGCAAUUGGAUAUGCAGAUGAAUCAUUACAGAAAGAUGGAGGAUUUUUAUUGGAAUCUGGUAUCAAGUCAAGAACGGAUAGAGAAUUUGUUUUGGAAGCUGUUAAACAGGAUGGUCUAGCUCUCAAAUAUGCAGAUGAGUCUUUGAGAAGAGAUAGAGAAAUUGUGUUGCAAGCUGUUUUGCAGAAUGGAUUAGCCAUUGAGUAGACCGAGGGAGGUGAGCUAAAAAAUGUUACAUCACGGUAAUUUCGCGCCAACCAAUAACCGCUGCAAGUUGUCUGUUCUUACCGUUAAAUAUUCAACAAAAAAAAACAACAAACAACAAUUACUCAUCAUGAUUUCAUCAUCACCCUGCUAAAUAGGUAUAUUGGUUGGUAUUCCCACCUUCAGCAUGCUACCUUGAGAAGCCACCAUGAGGAGAGUUCUCCCUUUGCUUCCUUCCUCACCAGCCAUUACUACAUUCACCUCACCAAAACAUCAUCUAGAUAAGUGCCUGCCCAUUUACUUGAAAUUGUUGGUACAUUAAAGCGAAGGUUCAUGUACAAGAACCCAGAAGUACUUGUUUCUAGAAGAACAAGUGGUAAUUGAUACUUUGAACACACUGUCUCACUCUUGGUCCAAUAAACCUUCGGCUCGACUUU